AUUAAUAAUAUUUCAAAGAGUAGAAUGCAAUGCAAGGUUUUCACCACUCAUUUAUAAAUUUUAGAGAAAAUUAGAGGACAUAGCUUUUUAUACACACUUUGGGUUGUAUCAGUAUGAUUGAGGUUUAUUGUAUUGAAAUAAAAAGAAAAUAUAUGCUUGUUGAGAAGAGAAACCAAGGUUGAGAAGCAAAAACAAAAGAUGUUUUUAAUGCACACAAUCAUUACACUUAGCAUGGAAGUUAAGUCAUUUUUUUUCACUCUGUGUGUUGUAUAAAAACGUAUCCCAUAUUUUACCAACUUCUUCAUCUUCAUGUGCUUUCUUUGGUAAAAGAGAGUUUUGAGAUAAUAAUCCCAAUGGCUUCUAUCAAUAAUAGUGAAUACUAUUACCCUUGGUUUCCUCAUCCUUUUCAGCCACCACCACACUACCCAACUGCUCCACCAUCCCCUCCCCUCUUUCCACCACACAGCCCAAUUUCUCCCCCGCCACGUAAGCCAAGUACGCCUCCACCACCACCGCCACCGCCACGCAAGCCAAUUGUGCCUCCUCCUCCACCUCAAAAGCCGACUGCUCCCCCGCCUCCACGCAAGCCAAUUGUGCCUCCGCCGCCACCUCAAAAGCCAGCUGCUCCCCCGCCUCCACGCAAGCCAAUUGUGCCUCCGCCGCCACCUCAAAAGCCAACUGCUCCCCCGCCCCCACGCAAGCCAAUUGGGCCUCCUCCGCCCCCUCAGAGGCCAACGGCUCCUCCCCCACCGCGUAAGCCUAUUGCGCCUCCCCCACCCAAAAAGCCACUUGCUCCUCCACCACCACGCAAGCCCAUUGCGCCUCCACCACCCAAAAAACCAAAUGCUCCUCCUCCGCCACCAAAAAAACCAGUUGCUCCUCCACCACCCAAAAAACCAAAUGCUCCUCCACCGCCACCAAAAAAACCAGUGGCUCCUCCACCACCACGUAAACCAAUCACACCUCCACCACCGCACAAGCCAAUCGCUCCUCCGCCACCCUACAAGCCAAUAUCUCCCCCAUCUCCAAUGCUUCCGCCGCCACCGCCUCCUCCUCCUCACCACCACCCGACGGUAAUCAUCGUAGUAUUUGUGUCAUUAGGUGGGCUUUGCCUGCUUGGAUUCAUGGCAGCUGCACUCUUCUGUUUCGUUAAAAAGAGAAAAGAGAAAAGCGUGGAAGAAACAGAGAUCAUCCACAUUGACGAACACAGGAAGAUCAAAGAAGCCAUAGUUGAAGGACCUCAUGGAUCAUGCCAAACUGUGGUGCUAUCAGUUGAAGAUGACAUCCAUGUUAAUGAAGAAAUCAUAAGGUGUGAGAAGAUUGGGGAAAAAAGGACGUUGCACAGUACAAAUGAAGCAGGAGAUCCAAGCACCAUAGAAGAUCAGCCACAGCCACCAAUACCAUCUUUCACUCAUCAAAAGCAUUCAUAAGCACAAAAGUUUAUCAUUUUGAACAGACCAACAAAGAACAGUUUAAUAAGACAUAAACAACAUACAAACGAAACAAUACAUAUUAUGAUUGUUUUCCAUUGAUGAAAAAUAAAAAUAAAAAUAAAAAAUUGAAUUCAUUUUU